GACUAUCGCUCAUAUCUGUGUGGUACCCUUGAUUAUGAUUAUGAAUCCGUCUCCUCUCGUCCUCUGAGGAUCCUCAGACUCAGAUGUAGGGGCGGAGGGGUGGAUCCGUCUAGUGAACUAUAGCGUCCAGUGCCCGCCCAUAAAUGAAGAAGAGAAGAAGACAAUAUAUCGUGGGACAGUCUCAAUGAGUUAACCGGGCCUGAAAUGGAUUUUUUGUUUUUAUAAUUAAUAAAUAACCUAAAAAUCUAUACUUUUCUUAAACUAAAUGCAUAUUGGAAAUAUGUAGUCCGUUGAAUACAUAAGAGAUUAUCUUUUGUAUUCAAUGUUAUCAAAUUGUUUUUGUUUUGUGAACAGACAUAAUUAAUUAUGAGUGAGUUAAAAAGCAUUUUAAAGGAUCUGGUCCUCAGAGGUGGAAAGAAAGAAAAGAAAACUGAAGAAGAAUAUUUUUUAGAUUACUAUAACAAGUACAAAUCUAAGAAUGAGGUUGACGAAUCAUCUUAUACUAAAAUACCGAGGUUUUACUUUAAGGUCCCUACGAAAGAAGAGGUGUUACCACACAGACUCCGUGAAGAUGCAAGAGCUAUGUUUAUACAGACAAGGAGCAAACAGUGGUUAGACAACAGUGAAUUGGAGACCCUUUGGCUUCUCUUAGACAAACAUCACAGUCCUCCUACAUCAGGAGACGAACAGAUGAUAAAUUAUGAGAACUUUUGCAAGGUAGCAAAGCUAGCUGGACCAAAGUGCAAGAGUUACCUCAGUCCAGUGGUGUUUGCCAAACUGCAGCAGGAUGAUGUGUUUGGUCGUGUCAGCAUCAUGUCACUGUUCAAUUACGUGAUGCGCAAGGUUUGGCUGCAUCAGACUCGCAUCGGAUUGUCACUGUAUGAUGAUGCUGGUCAUGGUUUCUUAUGUGAGUCGGAUUUAGAAAACUACAUUCAGGAUCUGAUUCCCACUCUUCUGCAAUUAGACGGUCUUGAAAAAUCCUUCCACAGUUUCUAUGUGUGUACAGCUGUCCGCAAGUUCCUAUUCUUUCUUGAUCCCUUACGUACAGGAAAGGUCAGGAUCCAGGAUAUACUGGCCUGUAGCUUUCUUGAUGAUCUGCUUCAGUUGAGAGAUAAGGAGUUGUCUAAAGACAAACAAAAGAGCAACUGGUUCUCAGCCACCUCUGCUCUUAGAGUGUAUGGCCAGUAUCUCAACCUAGACAAGAACCAAAAUGGCAUGUUGAGCAAAGAGGAACUGGCUGGAUAUGGAACUGGGACACUAACAAAAGUAUUUCUGGAAAGAGUAUUUCAAGAAUGUCUGACAUAUGAUGGAGAAAUGGAUUAUAAAACUUAUCUGGAUUUCGUGUUGGCCCUAGAAAAUCAGCAUGAGCCUCAGUCUCUCCAUUAUUUAUUCCGAAUUCUAGAUAUAAAAAAUCAAGGUUACCUGGACACAUUCUGCUUAAAUUACUUCUUUAGGGAAAUACAAGAGCAAAUGAGCCAGUAUAAACAAAACGCAGUUUCAUUCCAAGAUGUAAAGGAUGAGAUGUUUGAUAUGAUCAAACCUGUAGAUCCUACUAAAAUAACAUUGCAAGAUUUGUUGAACAGUGGACAGGGAGAGACUUUGGUCAGUAUCCUGAUAGAUCUCAAUGGCUUUUGGACAUAUGAGAACAGAGAAGCAAUGGUGGCUGAGACAACAGAAAGUUCAGCUGAUGUUUAAGGAAUUAUCGUUUAUUACAAAGUUUGAGAUUGGACCUUGGAAGAAAUCUGCUCCAAGUUCCUUGGUGUUGAAAAUGAGAAUAUUUGGACAGAUCUUUAAAAUCUUCCUGAUAACUGAUGGUAGCUUAGACAACAAUGGGAAGUUCUUAAGAGCCAAUAACAAUGCCUGGAAUUGAAUAAAGUUUUUACCUACA